AUGUAUACACCACCUGCCGCCACCGUGACCUAUAAUAAGGACCUGGAUCUAAGCCCAGCCACUCUGGCUGCGGCGGUCGCCCAGAUUAAGGAUAGCGGUCGAAGCUCGCCUUUACCCCUGUCUGUGGAAGUUGUGGCCAUGUUGUUUGCAAACCAUCCGAACAUUAUGAAUGUGCGUGGUGGCGUUAUAUACAACGAGCCCCUGAGCCUUACCAUUUUGAGAUUCCAGAACCACGGUUGGGAACUUAACGACGCCAUUAACGACGGUAUGACACUUGUUCAGAAGAUGCAGGUUGUAGACCAGAUCGCGUAUGCUUUACGACACAUGCACUCCAACGGCUAUGUCCAUCGCGACAUUAAGAUGGACAAUAUAUGUGUACGCUCAGCAGUGUCGUUGUCCGCAGCCCCCACUACCACUGAUACUACCCGAUCGGAUUAUGGCAGUCAAUCCAAUAAAGGGGACGUUGUGGCCAUACUCAUCGAUCUUGACAAAAGAAAAAAGUUUUUUUGCGCGUACCCCCUCGCGCAGCAAGUGUACAAUACCAAGGUUCAUUUGUAG